GUUCAAGUAAACGGUCAAGUUACUUGCCUUCGCACUUGCGUGGUUGCGUUCUACUUUACUUGAUUCACAACUUGAUCCAAAAAGCGAGUUUCCACGUAGGCCAGUAGAUGUGCACGUCGACAGUUAAAAAGAUGGUGGAAAGUCGUACUGCCAUACGAAAUUGUGUUAUUAAUCUCAUAAAUAUUCCCCUGGAAGAACUGGAAGAAGUUUUGGAGGAAGAGAGAAAUCCUGCAAAAGGGAUAUGGCAUCGACAAUGGCUUACACGGAGAGAAAGUCAAGGAGCUUCCACCAAUUUAAUGAGCGAGCUGAGAUUCGAAGAUCCUAAAGAAUACAGAAUGAUGCUCAGAAUGACUGCUGAAAAAUUGUACUAUUUAUUAGGCUUAAUAACUCCAUUAAUCCAACAAGAGGACACUAUUAUGUGA